UCUCUCUCUCUCUAAACCCACAGCAAGCAAGCAAGCACUCGAAAUAGAAACUGCUGCUUGAGCACAGAUGCUGUGUAUCAGAGGAGAACCCCUUCUUCCUUCUUCGUACCAUAAAUGCACUGCUCUGAUCCCACUCUCUGAGCCCCUUUCCUCGUAGAAGAAAUCCUUCGUGUCACACCCUUCAUCUUUACCUCGCUCUCUUCCUCGCUUUCUUGCGCUUUCUCGAGAAAAAGGACAUGGACUCCCCAUCGUCCCACGAGUUCGACAGCGUCAAGGCCGAGAAAGCCAAGGCCAUGCGCAGGUACCGGAGGAGCCGGAAGCUCAAGACCCUCGCCCACGCCCUCGAGGUCCUCGCCGCCCUGCUCCUGCUCUCCUGGUACUCCUCCGGGCUCUCGGCCGCCGCGGGGGGCUUCCUCCGCCGCCUCGCCAGCCUCCUCGCGAAGCCCCUCGUCGUCUUCCUCAUCAGCAACGGCAUCAUCGGGGUCAUCCUCUUCUUGGCCGGGAAGAACGACGACCGCGGCCACCGCCACGAGCCGUCUCACAUCUACGAAGAGUACCUCUCCGCGCGAAGGGCCCCCGGCGGAGGAUACCUGGGGACGAUGGCGGCGCCGGACGAGACCCAUGUGGACAAGCAAAUCGUCCCGUACGAAGCCCCCCCGGCGCAUGAGAAAAUCAUAAGGGAAGUGCCGCUUCCCGCGCCGGAGCCCGACCCCCUGCCGUCGACCGUCGUCCCAGCCGUCGAGAAGGGCGCGGCCGAGGGAGAACUCGGCCCGGGGGCGGCCCCUCCGGCCCGCCCCGCGGCGGCGGCGGAGAAGCGCUACCGGAGGACGCGGUCGGAGGUGACCGGGGGGGAGGAGGAGGAGGAGGAGGAGGAGGAGGGGAAGCCGCGGGCGGAGCUGCGCCGGUCGGCGACGGACAACGGGCGGCCCAGGCCGCCGUCGGUGGAGGACCUGAGCAACGAGGAGUUCAACCUGACGGUGGAGAAAUACAUUGCGAAGACGAAGUGGUUCCACAGGGAGGAGAUCAUGGCGGAGGAGGACGCCGCCGUUCUCGGCUUCCGCUCGGUCGCCGCUCGUUCGUGACGGCCCUAGAAAAACAAGAGUAAAUUGUUAAUAUGUUGAAUUUGAAGGGCCGCGAGUACAUGAAAAGAAAAGAAGGCAAAAAAGAAAAUUUCGAGGAGAGAGUUUCUUUCGUAAUUAAGUUAGCUUUAUUUCUGACAAUUUUAGGUCGGUCGGUCGGUCGGUCGGUCGCUGCUGCUAUGAAGACUUGUGUACUUUUCUCUCUCGCACAGUCAUAUAAUCAUCAUGGUGAUUUUCAUGCA